AGAAGUUGCAGUGGUUGGUGACAGCGACUGGCCUCCUUUCUCUUUGCCCUCACGCCUAUAACCUACCAGUGGCCUCCCACCGGCGACGAAUCGUGCGAGGGUUCUUCCGUGAGCAAAUGGAUUCCAGGGCCUUCUUCCUCUGCGCCCUCGCCAUCGUCGCCUCUUCCCUCCUGCAUUGCGCCAGAUCUGACGGAAGUGAUGACCAGCUUCUCAAGGGAAUCAACAGCUACAGAGGUUCUCUCAAGGUCCCGGCGCUAACCGAGAACAAGAACGCUGACUGCCUUGCUGAACAGCUAGCAAAGCAGUUCAAAGACCAGCAGUGCACCAACACCACCGGCUCCAACACUGUCCCCGGCACCGAGCAGCAGUUCCCGGACUACCCCAAGUACCUGGACCGGUGCCAUCUCAACGCUUCGGUGACCGAAGAUGGCCAGGUGAUGCCGGCCUGCGUGCCCGGCCUUGUAGCCAACGUGGUGCUAACCAACUACACCAAGUCCCAGUACAACCUGUACCUGAAUGACAGCAAGUACUCCGGUGUCGGGAUCGCCAACGAGGGCGACUGGGUGGUCGUCGUCCUCAGCACGAACACGGACUCCGGUGACUACUCGCCUGCUCCCCCAGGUUCGAACUGGGCUCCUUCGGUCCGACCAUUCAGCCAGCUGAUUGUUUCGCUUGUAGGAUUUGUAAUUUUGCUGCUGAAGUGAGAAGAUGUUGAUCAUAUACUGCUACACCGCAAAAGAGUGUUAUCUUAUCUUAUGCUUGUGUCAUUCAUUUUUGUAUCAUCCAGAUUUUAAUUGAACUUGGUCUCGUUAACAACAUACUACUAUCUCCCACGAGUGAUGAAAAUGUUCUUUCAAUGUUUGUAAUUAUUAUCAGAGGCUGUAUGUAUAUUAUGUUCAGACGGUGUGCGUUAUUGAACCUCCACACUGAAUCUAGAGCUUCAGUUUCGCC